CAGAACACAAGGGGAGCUCGGUUUGGAUCUUGUUGCGGCGGCUUGCAGAGGAUUCCCAGGGUGGCCGCGGCGGCUUUCGGCGAGCUGACACCGGCAACAUAGGCGCAGCACAGCACCUGACUCUCAAGCGGAACGGAACCAACCUGUUCCGCUCUUUUGCUCCUACCAAACACAGGAAUGGAACGGACCCAUUCCUCUGGAAUGGAACCAUUCCAUUCCAUGACAGUUGGUUCCCCAACCAAACACAUCAGAGGGAUUAGGGCCUCCAGCUUGCUCAACACACGCACAGUCCCUCGUUUCUCUCUCGACCUGCCCGACCCCCCGGGGAGCCAGGGUUUGCGCCGCCGGCCGCCCAGUCCGCCGCCCCAUCCCGUCUGUCUCGUCCGCCCCCGCGUCAUCCUGCCUCGCCGGCGGCAGUGAUCUAGAGGUUAGGCUACAAAUGAUCCAUGCUCAGUAUUUGUUGAGCAUAGGGUGCUUGAGAUAAAGAUGCUGAAGAACGUCUUGAGUCAGUCAUGGCGGAGGGGGGCACAUGUCCUGCAGGAAGGGCAUCCAGCUGAAGCACUGUAUGCUUGUUCAAGUCGAUUUCACAGCGGGCAGGUGUUGAGGUCGGCGAGGAGCUUCUUCGGCGUGGAGGACUUCAUGGACGAGGACAACAGCAAGCCCUACACGUACAAGAAAGAGAAGCGGUCCAAGAACCCGCACAAGCACAUCUCGUUCAAGCAGCGGACGAUUGCGCACAUGGAGCCCUUCACCCUGGACGUGUUCAUCUCGAAGCGGUUCGUGUCGGCGUCGCUGACCCACCGGUCGACGUGCCGGCAGGUGGCGGUGGCGGGCACCAACUCCAAGGACGUGAAGGCGGCGCUGACGUCGCGGUCGGACGUGCCGGCGUGCCUGUCGGUGGGGCGGUUCCUGGCGGAGCGGGCCAAGGAGGCGGACGUGUACGCGUGCACCUACACGCCCCGGGAGCGGGACCGGUUCGAGGGCAAGAUCAGGGCCGUCGUGCAGUCGCUCAUCGACAACGGCAUCCACGUCAAGCUCUACCUCGACUGAUCCCUUUUCUUUUCUUUUUUUGCUGUGGUAUGUCUGUUGCCGCUCUGCUUUCGACACCUGCUGCUGAAGAAGAGUGUUUGGCUUGGUUGAAUGCGCUGUGCUGCCGUCAAUCCUGUGACUUUUGCUGGUAUCCCAUGUCUGCUACAAGAAAUUUCGCAGACUUUUCACGGCUUUACCAAGGGUAGCUGCUCUUCUCCGUGUGAAAAUGUCAACCACACUUGACAUUUUGGUGUCCUCUUUUCUAGUAGGAGUAUCAUUUCUGUUGUUAA